AUGAGCCUCGUCAAGCAGCAUACGAGAGUCCCCGUGCCGGGCCUGUUCCACGUGUCAUUCCGGAUCAUUAACGGCGAGGAGGUGGGCUACCUCUCUAUGGAGAAGGCUCCUGGUGUCACUCUGGAAAGUGCCUGGCCGGCAUACGACGAGCAGCACAAGGCGCGUGUCUGCGCCGAUAUCUGGCAUAUCGUUGAGCAGCUCCGCACCAUCCCAAAGCCCCACGACUUUGCCCAUCUCUUCCAGUGUGGCGCCGACGGCUCCAUCGCCUGUAGCGACGUUCUACUCCGCGAUCUGCAGUCGCCCCCGCGGCCCAUCCCGGACGACGACGGGCUGCGCGCCAGGAUCUAUGAGCGAUACCACCAUUACUGGGGCCGCCUCUACGAGCACACCCUCCCCGCGAUGCUCCCCCGCUCCGACGGCGUCUCUGUAUUCACGCACGGCGAUCUGACGCCCAGGAACAUCAUCGUCGACAAGUCCUCAGGUUGCAUCACGGGAAUCCUCGACUGGGAGAACGCGGGCUGGUUUCCGGACUACUGGGAGUAUGCGAAUAUCAUGAAGCCGUCCCGGGACAAAGACUGGAUGCGCUGGAUGGACGACACGAAGCCCGCCCAGUGGCAGUGGGACAUCUCAGGCAUCGUCAAGGCAAGGAAGGUCUUAUUCUAG